AUGGCUUCAGAUCAAGGGCAAUGCCAGAGAUGCCAAAAGGAGGCAACUCACGCCAAUGGUCUUUUUUGCGGAUUCCAUUCAAAGCAAGUCUUUGCCCUCUACAAGGGUUACAAGCGACGCAAUGCCCUCCUGGAUACUCUGGACAAUGAGGCCCCCGAAUACCUCAAGAACGCUCAGGAACCCCUUGCCAACGACGACUUUGAGUCGAUUGACAACGAAAAGACUCUCCGAGAAGUCCACUCUCAUCUCUUCGACAAAUAUGUCUUGCUCGGCAACGUCAUUGACGCACGCAAGCUUCACCACAAGCAUUUCUACUCCCUCAACGUCGACUAUGGCCACCAGGCAUACAUUGAUAAGCUCAUCAGCCAGCGUCACAUUGUUAUGAAGGCCAUGCAAAGAGUCGAAAAGCGCACCACUCAAGUCUUGUAUCAGAAAGAGAAAUGGUUCGCUUGGGUUCGCGAGGUUCAAGAGGAGGAGGAAGCCAAUGAUGAGAAAGAGCAGAAGAAGGUCAAGCAGGAGGCUGCACUGUUCAAACGUCACGUCAAGAAGCUGGAGGGUAGACUUGCCAGGAUGCGACAGAAGGAGGAGCAGAAGCGUCAAGAUGCGUACCUCGAGGAUGCAUAUAGGGAACGCAUGGCCAUGGCGGCUGAGGAAGACGACGAAGCAUGGGAUCCUAUCGAGGAUAUGGAGCACCUCAAGCGGAACCGCUAUAUCGACUUGAUCAAGCAUUUCCUCUGGCUAAACACCACGGAAGAAGGGGAGGAGGAGCUUCCUCCGCUGGAAGAGAUUCCUCCUCUUGAACCCUCACCCCCUCCUGAGCCCGCGAAGCCUUCCAAGAAGACGAAGAAGAAGGCGAAAGCCAAGGCCGCCAAAGCUGGCGGCCAGAGCUCUGCCCAGCCAUCCGGCUCGACCCCCACCGGCCAGGGAAGGCUCAUAGCAACAUUGAAGGAGGGCAGGUACCCUAUGCCCGGCGGCGGUGCUGAGCUACAAGAGCCGGACAGGAACAACAUCGAGACUGAAGAAGAGAUGCGAAACCGCCUCAGCCAUGGAGUGAAGAAGAACUACGACGACGUCUGGGGCUUCCAGAUCGUGGGGACACUGGAGAACCCCUACGAGACCCACGAGAAGACGGCACCAAUGACCAACGACGAGAUUGAGUCCACCGUCAGCGACAUUAGACAGAUCAAGCACCUGCUGUUUUGUCGUCUGCUGGUUGGACACGCCUCCAUGCUGCCUGCUGCUCUCCGUGCCAACAGCGUCGAGGAGUUUCUCAAUGACCCUCAGGUCGCCGAAUCGGAUCUGCGAGAUCUCUGCCUCAAGGUUGAGGAACCUACUCUACAGGACGUUCGAGAUGCUUGUGCAGAUUUUGCCCGUGGUGACGAAGCAGAGGAGGGAGAAGAUGUCGAUGAGGCUGAAGAAGAAGACGAGGACGACGAAACCUUUGAAGAGCUGCUCAACGGCGAUAGCCGCUAUAAGAAUCUCCAUACCGACGACUGGCUCCUCGAAAACUUUCUCGAAAAGCUUGAAAAGCAUGAAAAGCAGAACCUGUCUAAGAAGAAGAAGAAGAAGAAGAAGAAGAAGCAAAAGUCAAAGAAAAAGACAAAGGUCACCGUCUGCGGCAAGAGCAUCUGGAACCACGCCAGCGAAAAGGCCAUGUCUCGAGACGGUUGGCUUCAGUUCUCGGUCAUGGCCAAGGAUUGCGAUCUGAAGCACGCCAUCCAGCUCUGUCGAAACUGGAACGAGUUUUCGGAUCUGAACCUGCUCACCUUGUGGCAGUACUUCCCAGCUUCGAACUGGGUUUCUUGGGGUAACAACCGGCUCAUCCAGCAGCUUCAAGAGUUGGGCUUCUUCCCUUACUUUGUCGAUUUUGAGGCUCAACAGCACAGCCGGUACAACCAAGUUGGUGGUCGAAGCUCAAACCGACGCCAACACGACAUUGUCGAGACGCGAAACAUCAUCGUGGGCCACAUGAAGCGGAACGACCCCAUCACCCGCCGCUUCCUGCAGUACCUGUUGAUGCGGACGGGAGAACUGCUGAUCAUGGUGCGAGAUGGAAAGACAGGGCGUGUCAUCACUGCGCCUCCCAAGGAGGAGCUCUGGACGUUUCGCAUGAAGCAGGGUCUUGGAAGGGCCUCCAAGAAUGAGUGGCGCAACGUUUUGGAGGUGGGACCUUUGUACUUUGACAUGACUGAUAUGAUCCGAGAAUGGCGGUUCGGGUUCGAUGACUAUUACGACGUCUUUAUCUGGGACUUUGUUCCUUGCCAGUCAUCUCUGGACAUGUACAACGUUGUCAUCACGGAACUGCGAAAUGCAUGGCGCAUCAAGCACCCUCGCGACGUGUAUCAACACAUGAAGCCCCUCUUAACUAGCAUGACAAGAGAGAAGGAAACAAUGCGCACGCGUUUGAUCAAGCCUGACGAAAAGGUGGAAAGCCUUUGGGACACCAUCAUGGACGAGAGGAGCGAAUUCAGACUCUUCGACAUCAAGGGGCAUAGCGUCAAGUGCCGCACCGGUGACGAAGACAGGUCGCCCUACAUGUUCUACAACGACGUCAACGUUCUCGAGGAUGAGAUCCUGUUCCCAGAUGAGCUUGUCUCGAACAAGAAGAACGUGCCCUUCCGGGAGAUCAGAAACGGUGGAAUGGAGGCGUUCACAAUGGGCGAGGAUCCCAUGAAGGCUCUGAAAGCUGUCAAGGACCGCGACGAUAACAGUAUCUGGUCUCUACCGAAAGUUUGGGAGACUGGUCUCAAACAAGCUCGCAAGGAGACGCUCUCGGACGCACAACGCAACCUCCUCAAGCGUACUGGUUUGACUACCCCUCAGAAGAGCAUGAGCCUUGACCAGCGACUGAACAAGUCGGAUCCCAUGGAGACGAUGGAACGGGAUAGAUCUUUCGGUGAGUCAGCCCACCUACACCUUUAA